UUGAAGAUCCAGAUAAGUUCGCGUAACCUCAAUCCAAAUUUUUGUAAUGUCAGAGAUCCGACGAGGGUCCGUGUUGUUGGCGUAAAUUAAAAUUACUGAAUAGUGGACAGACACCGUGUUUAGAGUGCAGCAAACACAACCGAAGCGAUGAUUUCGCGUUUGCAAUAUUGCGUGCAGAGUUUACGCCGGAGACCGGUCCUGCAGAUUUCGCGAUGUUUAUCGUCCUCGCGAGCCCGUCAGGAUGCGGCCACCGCAUCGCGACCAGCGGCAGCUACCGUCAUCAACCAAGCAGAGUACAAGUACCAGCCCGGGAAGGUUUACUCUGACUUCACUUGCACGAGGGCUGAGUACGUGCCCGAGUUCAACCUCACGGCCUACGCCUUCACCCACAACAGGGUCGGCUCCCAUUACCUCCACAUCGACCGCAAUGACAGCAACAACGUGUUCUCGGUUAACUUCAGGACGACACCAUUCGAUUCCACGGGUCUUCCGCACAUCCUGGAGCAUACCUCGCUCUGCGGGUCGGAGAAGUUUCCGGUGCGGGAUCCUUUCUUCAAAAUGCUCAACAGAUCAGUGGCCACCUUCAUGAACGCGAUGACUGGCUCGGACUACACCCUCUACCCGUUCUCCAGCAUGAACGAAUCCGAUUUCCGGAACUUACAAAGAAUUUACCUGGAUGCGGUUUUCAAACCAAACCUGUCGCGAUUGGAUUUCCUGCAAGAAGGCUGGCGGAUAGAACACACGAAUCUCAGAGAUCGCAAGUCGCCCUUCACCAUUAAGGGUGUUGUAUACAACGAGAUGAAGGGCGCGUUCUCCGAAAACUCCUCGCUAUUCGGCCAACAACUGCUCAACAGCUUGCUCCCAGACCACACGUACGGCUUCGUAUCCGGCGGAAAUCCCCUGGAGAUCCCCAAGCUGACGCACGAAGACCUGGUAGCAUUCCACAGGAAAUACUACCAUCCAAGCAACGCCCGCUUCUACUCGUACGGAACAUUCGAUCUCGAAAAGUCCCUGGCCUACGUCAACGAGCAGUACCUAGCCCACUACGACAGGAUCGAUGUUUCCUAUAGCAAAAUCCCCAAUCAGCAGCGUUGGUCGCAACCCCGCAACGUCCACAUUUCUAGUCGCUACGAUACCAUGGGAGCGCCGUUCGAUAAGCAGAACCAAAUCGCGGUGGCAUUCCUCCUGGCCGACAUCACCGACAUAAACGAAACGUUCACUCUGGACAUGCUGAGCGCUCUUUUGCUCAACGGCCCCAACUCCUACUUCUACAAAUCCAUGAUCGAACCGAACUUCUCCGGCGGCUACAACAGCACCACCGGAUAUGAGUCACAAAUCAAGGACACAAUAUUCAAUCUUGGACUGCAAAACAUCCGCAUGGAGGAUUUCCCUCGAUUCCAGGAGAUAUUCGAGAAGACAAUCUCCGAAGUAAUCGAGAAAGGCUUCGACAAUGACCACAUUGAAAGCAUUUUGCACGAAUACGAACUGAGCACUAAGCACCAAACACCGAAAUUCGGCCUAAACCUGCUGCUCAGAUUCACUCCCUUGUGGAAUCAUGACGGGGACGUUAUAAACGCAUUGAAGGUCGGCGAUAUCAUUAAAAACUUCCGGGAAAAUCUGGCCUGUGACAGCCAGUUUUUGCAGAAAAAGGUGGAGCGUUACUUCAAGAACAACCAGCAUCGCCUGACCCUCACCAUGUCGCCGGAUGAAAAGUACGAGAAGAAGUUCAGCGAUGCCGAGAAGAAACUUCUGGACGAAAAGGUGGCCAAAAUGACGGACGAAGAAAAGAAAGCUGUUUACGAGGACGGUCUCGCCUUGGAAGAAUCACAGAAGGCGCCACCAAACUCCGACGCUCUGCCGAUCCUUUCCCUCGAAGAUGUUAAGAAUCCGCCAGAAAAGUACACUCUCCACACAGCUAAAUCCGGUAAAACUCCAACCUUCGUUACAGAAGUGCCCACAAAUCAGAUCGCCUACUUGAAGAGCAUUUUCGAUGCGUCCCACUUGUCCAAAAAGGAAGUCCACUUGCUUCCACUGUUCUGCUACAUCGUCGCCAGCAUGGGUACAAAAACCUACGACUACCGAACCUUUGAUAAAAUUAUCAAGGCAAAGACGUCAGGUAUCAACUUCAAACUACAUUUCGCGGAAGACAUCAACGACGCUUCCAAGUACGACAUCGGUGUCCUGAUGAGCACCCACGCGCUCGACUACAACACCGAGAAAAUGUUCGAACUAGUCCUUGAGCUUCUCACAAACUACAGAAUGGAUGACCCGGAAAGAUUCAAAAUGCUAGUGGAGAACUAUCUGUCGAACCUGACGGUCGGAGUUGCAGCCAGUGGACAUUUGUUUGCAAUGCAAACCUGCGGGGGAUUGGUAACGGAGUCGGCCGCGCUAAAAUCCGAACUAUCAAGCAUGGAGCACAUUUACAUCAUGAAGGAUCUCAUCGAAAGCGGAGCAAUCUACGAGAACAGACCACAGCUAUCGAAACUUGGGCACAAGCUCUUCGACGGCCAGACCAUGAGGGCAGCUAUCAACACAACCGACGAAAUGAUGCCUCGCGUAAUGAAAAGCUACGAAGAAUUCGUAAAAAAAAUGCCAAAAACCCAGACAAAGACUGGACAACUGAAAUCAGGUCUACUCGAGCCCAAAUGCGCGCACUAUAUCAUGAAUAUCCCCGUGAAUUACUGUGCCAAAUCGUUCCUAGCCGUCCCCUACACACAUCCUGAUCACUCGACUUUACGGCUCCUUGCAAAACUUCUCUCCGCAAAAUACCUGCUUCCACUCGUCAGAGAGCAGAACGGAGCCUACGGAGCUGGGGCCACAAUUGGCUUGGAUGGCAUUUUCAGCUUCUUCAGUUACCGCGACCCCAAUUCCGGGAAAACUCUAUCCGCUUUCGACGAUACAUACAAUUGGCUAGUGCAAAACCAAAAAACACUAAACGAACAAACCCUGUUCGAAGCGAAACUAGGCGUCCUGCAACAACUCGAUGCUCCUGUAGCGCCCGGGAACAAGGGAAUCGACCAUUUCCUCUACGGCUUGUCUCAGGAACAAUUCGGAGAAUAUCGUCAACGAAUGCUUGACGUUACGGUCCCGCAACUGAGGGAAGUGAUCGAAAAGUACUUUAAGAACCCCCCUAAACACUACGGCAAAUGUGUGUUAGGACCCGAGAACAAGGAAUUGACGAAGAGAGAGGGUGAGACCUGGAGUGUCCACGGUCAGCAAUAAGUAUCACCCGCCGAUUAGGAGAAUUAAGAGACGAAAUGUUGCCUAGACCUUUUGGUUACACUGAACUAAUCAAUACAAUCCGGGGUACAACAUUUCGCCUCUGAUCCUCGCAAUAUCAUUAGUGAAGAGACUCUGAGAAAAUAUAUCUGUAAAAUUGACUGAUGUUUGUUAAGAUUGUUGGAUAAUGCAACAUAUUAUUGUAUUUGUCAUUAAAUCGCUGGUUGAUUAGUUUGUGAACUCAUCGAGGAGAGAAAGAGAAUCGUGUUAAGGUUCAGAAUUAUUGAGUACUUUUGUCUGCAAGGUUUUAAGCGUAGAUGAAAUCUGAGACUUUAUGUCUUGUUUUGAUGUUUAGCGAGCAUUUAAUUUCCGUAUUUCGCUGUUUUGUUUAUAGAUACGUAGCACAAAUUAUUGUUUUUAUUAAACUUAUUGAAAAACAA